AUGGGGCUGCCCCGCGCAGCACGCGCGCACGCGCUGCCGCCGCUCGCUCACACGCCGCCCAACGCCAGUGCGCUAGUUCGCAGUGCGGCCGCACACGCUAUGGACAGGCACGGCUUGUUGGGCUGCAGUCUCCAGCACGGUGUGGAAGCUCCAGAAGCCCUGCCGCCGCGCACGCUCUUCUGGCACGUGAGCAACGCCGACGAGGUCGUGAUGCGCCAGGCUGAUCAGAUCGAGCGCUCCGACGCCUUCCGCGCGGGGAUGAGGGUCAAGUUUGUCGCAUCAGAUGGCUGCGUCCGGCCGCAGGGCGAGAGCGUCAGCGAGGGCGCGCUGGCGAUGCUGGAGCGGCGAGGCGGCUUCGAGCGGGCGCGCCGACCCCGGGGGUUGCAGUGCCGCCAGGGCUACCGCGAGUACUUUGAGCUGCCCACCCUCCUGCUGCUGCACGAGCACUGCAGCCUCAAGCCGGGACGUGAGCUGGUCGCUUAUGCGCACACAAAGACCAACGGCGACACGUGGUGCCACUUCUCGGGCAACUUUUGGUGGGCGCGGUGCGACCACGUGCGCACGCUCAACCCGCCAUUCUCGGAGGAGCUGCUCUCGGAGGGCGAGGCGGCCGAUCGCACCGCCCUUCCCGCUGGAAACGGCCGGAGGUGGCACGGCUCGUGGCGCGACAUCCGCCCGUACGGCCGCUACUUCGCCGAGUGGUGGCUGCUCAACGACAAGACGCGGCCGCGCGACAGCUUCUACGGCGGCGCCGUCGAAGAGCGCAUGGGCAAUGCGACGCGCUCGCUCGCCACGUGGCGCGCCCACAUUUGGAGGCAGGCGCACCUGCUGCAGAAUGACGCGCGGCGCACUCCUGCGUUUGCGGCCGAGGUGGCGGCGCGUCGUGACAUCGCACUGACGCCGCUCGCCCGCCGACUGGUCCGGGAGGACCCCGGGCUUCUCCGGUGGCCGCGCCAGUGCGGGGUGCACCUGCCCCCCGACUGCCCCCUCGCGCUAGUCGCACGCUGCAACGAUGAUGUCCCCGGCGCCCUGCAGCAGCACGAUCUUGGUGUGAGGGAUCUUCAGUCCUUCCCAAACAGAACCUACCGUCACAUGCCCGUGGGACACAGUGUUUCUGUUUGGCGGGAGUACUCAGACACGGGCCACUGA